CGGAAGUGCCGCUGCAAGUCGGAGAGCUGAGACUAACAACAAAAAUCUAAAUAUGAAAAUAAAAAUAUAAAAUGUAUGAGCUGUGUUUUUGAUCCCGGAGCAGAGACAGAGAGGAGCUCAGAGAGACAGCUGCAUGGCGGUGACCGUUUCCGCGGGAGGGCCGGCUCUCAUCAUGGAGAACGGACAGAGCACCACCACCAAGCUGGGCCUGCCGCCUCUCACCCCCAACCAGCAGGAGGCGCUGCAGAAGGCAAAGAAGUACUGCAUGGAGCAGAGCAUCAACAGUGUUCUCCUCAGACAGACGCAGCAGCUCAGCAGCCUGCAGAUGGCGUCUCUGUCCAUGGGUCUGGGCGACGCUCUGUCUCCUCUUCAGUCAGUGGCGGCCCAGCGUCAGAGAGCUCUGGCCAUCAUGUGCCGAGUCUACGUCGGCUCCAUCUACUACGAGCUGGGAGAGGACACCAUCAGACAGGCCUUCGCUCCAUUUGGACCAAUCAAAAGCAUCGACAUGUCCUGGGACUCUGUCACCAUGAAACAUAAGGUCAGUAGUACAGACCCUAGACCAGCAGUACAGACCCUAGACCAGCAACACUCCCAGUUCGCAGUACAUUGUUCCCUCCAUCUCGUCUUGCAGGUCGGGAGGCCCAGUAACAUCGGCCAGGCUCAGCCAAUCAUUGACCAGCUGGCAGAGGAAGCACGUGCCUUUAACAGGAUCUACGUGGCGUCAGUUCACCCCGACCUCUCUGACGAUGACAUCAAGAGCGUCUUUGAGGCCUUUGGAAAGAUAAAGUCCUGCAUGCUGGCCCGAGAGCCGACCACCGGACGCCACAAAGGCUACGGCUUCAUCGAAUAUGAAAGGGCUCAGUCUGCUCAGGAUGCUGUCGCCUCCAUGAACCUGUUUGACCUGGGGGGUCAGUACCUGCGGGUGGGGAAGGCCGUGACUCCGCCCGUACCCCUCCUCACGCCCACAGCUCCUGGAGGGCUCCCUGCAGCUGCCGCAGUGGCUGCUGCUGCCGCCUCUGCCAAGAUCACAGCUCAGGAGUCAGUGGGAGCGUCGGUGCUCGGAGCUCUGGCUGCACCAGCGCUCCUCUCUCAGCAGCUGGGAGGACUUCCUCAGGCUGUCAUGGCUGCUCAGGCUCCAGGUGUCAUCACAGGUGUGACCCCGGCUCGACCCGGCGUGCCUCAGGUGGGUUUGGUGAACCCGGUGCUGGCCACGCCCCCGACCCUGGUGGCCUCCUUUGUCUCUGAGGGGAAGAGGACGGAAGAGGAGGGUCAGCAGGAGGCACAGAGGGAUGGCGCCGUGGAGGCACUCAGCGAGCAGGAGUACAUCAGCAUCAGCGGCAGCAGCGCCCGACACAUGGUGAUGAGGAAACUGCUCCGCAAGCAGGAGUCCACCGUGAUGGUCCUCAGGAACAUGGUCGGACCCGACGACAUCGACGACGACCUGGAGGGUGAGGUCACCGAGGAGUGUGGGAAGUUUGGGCGGGUGAGGCGUGUGGUCAUCUACCAGGAGCGCCAGGGUGAGGAGGAUGAUGCCGAGGUCAUCGUGAAGAUCUUUGUGGAGUUUUCGGAGGCGGCGGAAAUGAACCGCGCCAUCCAGGCGCUCAACCAGCGCUGGUUUGGAGGACGCAAGGUGGUGGCGGAGGUGUACAACCAGGAACACUUUGACAACAGUGACCUGUCGGCGUAGAACACACACACACACACACACACACAUAGAGCAUAGUGCAGGCGCCUCUUUCUAUUAAUAUUUGUCUGAGAUUUAAAGGACCACUCCGCUGUUUCUCAUGUUUCAGUUCCUGCUGAAUGUUUUUAUAUAUCACAGAUUUUAUACGUAACAGAGUGACUGUAGUCACUAACAUGCUAACGUCAGUGACGCUCUAGUCACAAGACCUGAUCCUAGUCAGACUCCAGUCACAUGACCUGAUCCAAGUCAGACUCCAGUCACAUGACCUGAUCCAAGUCAAUCCAAGUCAGACUCCAGUCACGUGACCUGAUCCAAGUCAGACUCCAGUCACGUGACCUGAUCCAAGUCAGACUCCAGUCAUGUGACCCGAUCCAAGUCAGACUCGUCACGUGACCCGAUCCAAGUCAGACUCCAGUCACGUGACCCGAUCCAAGUCAGACUCCAUUCACGACCUGAUCCAAGUCAGACUCUAGUCACAUGAUUUUAUUACUUUAGACUUAAUUUUUAAAAAUCAAAAAAGACUUGCAACUUGGACUUUAAUACCGAUGACUUGUAACUUGACUCGGACUGGAGCCUUUUGACUUGAAAAUACUUGAUACUUCCUGCCAAGCCCAAGAAUGAAAAUGGUCAACAAAGAAUGAACAGCAGUGUGUGAGACGUGAGAUCAGUGACCUGACGCUGAUGUGAGCACAGUUCGUGAGCUUGUGCUAAGCUAACAUUAGCUUAACAGCUAAGUCACUUUUUAACAAAGUGGUUUUAACUCAAUAAAAGCAGGUCUUAAAAAGCGUUGAUGAUUUCUGUAAAUGUAAAUCUGCGAUACUUAAGCUGAGGAGCGCAUCACGACUUGUUCAGGACUCGAAACUCAAGGUUAGGGACUCGUUGGUCUUGAUAUGGGAAAUGACAUGAGAUUUGCUGGACUUGAUAAACAAUGAUUUGGUCUCUGCUGCGUUCAGGGACAGUGUGACAUCAUGUGAAAUGCUCAGCAGGAGUGAAGGAGGUCUGAGGUGAAACGUGAAGCCGACCGGUCCACGUGUCACUUCACUUGUUCAGGUCCAGAAACUUCUGAACCGACUCGGGCCUCUCCAUGUUGUGUGGACGUUCUCCGAAUGCUGUGGAAAUGUUUGAGCCUGGUGGAUGAAGCCUCACCGGGCAACGGUGCGUUCAGGUGUCAAACACCAAAAUAUGUGAAUAAAACCUUUUUUUUUUAA